AUGGAGAAUCAAGUCACACCUGAUGAAAUCAAAUGGACGAAACAAAGUAUGGAUAGGAAAUUAAAUUUGGAAAGAUUAAAGAGAGCUGUGGAGAAUAAUUAUAGCUUUACGGACAACGUGGAACGAAAUAUGGCUUUAUACUCUGUCUUUUAUGCCUUUACAUUUAUAUUAGGAGUAGUUUUUAUUUUUAUAAAUAUACGCUUUCCCGAACAAAAUGUUUUAGAUAUUGUAAGAAUUGUUCAGAAUUCCAUAGUUGGAGUUGGUACUUUUACUAGUCUUUUUACAAGUAUGAAAAAUAUUUCUGAAACUCUUAGUUCAACUCGUCCAAAAGAAAUUCGAAUUCCUAACAUUGAUGGAAAUAUAAUUGAACUUGCUUUACAUAAUGGUCUUCAUGAUGAAGGUUUAAAAAAAUUGAGAGAAAAAAUUAAGUCUCGGAAUAAAAAAUUACAAAAAUUGAAGUUUUAUCGCUCUUUGUGGGCUUUUAUGUGUUCAAUUAUUUUCAUUAUUGUUAUUAUUCUUGAUUUUAAUUUCGGUAGAUUUGCUACAUCGAUUGUUUUGGAUAGCAUUCUUUGUUUUGUUGGAUUUUUUGAUUCUAUUCUCUUCGUUAGUCUGGCUAUGUCGGGUUUAGUUUCAUGGAAGAAAAAGUCAUCACAGGAAACAUCAAGGGAAACAUCACGGGAAACAUCACAGGAAACAUCACGGGAAACAUCACAGGAAACAUCACGGGAAACAUUACAGGAAACAUCAUCACAAGCAACAUCACCGAGUACAUUACAAGAAUCAUCACAGAAAGCAUCACAGGAAAUAGAAACAUUACAAGAUUUGUUGGAGGAUAUAAAUAGAUACGAAAGUUUUGUCAUUUCCCGUGUUACUUUUAAACAGAGAAAUAAAAAAUGCCAUCAUAUGGAUAAUGUGAAAGAAAAUGAAAAAGA